CGUUAGUUGCGUCUGCCGAUAAUAGCGCAUCAGCCAGUGCGCUGCUAUUGGGGGAGCAGAGCACAGGCGGUGCGGAGGACUGAGCCGCUGAGCGCAGAAUGGUACACUAGAGAAGACAGGCACAGUCAGAAAGAGAGAGAGCACGUGAGGAGAGAGGGCAUCAGCACAUGUAGAGAAGAGGACUGAGAAGGAGCAGGGGCAGUGGGAAGAGGAGAGGAGAAGAAGGAGGGGGGGAAAGUUACCCGGUCAGCAAGACAUCGUGGAGCAGCUGAGACUCACUGGGCUCUCACUCCCUCUGGAUCAGCCAGGCACAUCAAAUAAGCAGCGCAGGAGGAGUGAUAUUACAGGAGGGAGUGCUGUAACUUCUCAGAAACACAGUCCCAUCAAAAGGCGAGGAUAAUGCUCCUCACCCGACCCCCCCUGCACAGAUCACUUCAGGAUUAUCGCAGCAAGGCAGCCGCUCUAAGCGGAGGACUCUUACUGUAACGCUGCCAGAAGUGCUCGUGCAGUUCAUCUCAGCUGAUCUCUGCGCAGACGACUUCUUCAGGCGGAUCUGUCUUGAGCUUUGUGCCUUUUCUUUUCAUCAUCUUGCGGUCAAGAGUGAAGAAGUGGAGACUUGGAGUUGCUCUGACCCGUUAUCUCUGAGACUAUGUUAGACUGUGCGUCAAAGAGUCCCUCAUCAGCAGCUGCAGCCCCAGAGCAUGGAGAAGUCCAGCAGUGAGGAGUCCUCUAUUCACCGUAGCCCCUCCGUAGACAGCCGCGACUCCAGUUUCCCUCAAGCCUCCACGUCUGGCCGCCCGUUUGGUGGCCGCGGCUUCACUGCCGGCGCCUUCUACGGCUCCACGGGGCCACGCAAAAACACACAGCAGAGUCAGACUGGAGCAGGGGCUGACGCCAGCGCAGGAGACAAGACCAACAACAAGUACAGCUCACCCAAAGGCAGCAAAUACGUAGUCUUUUACCUGGACCUAUCCUUUGUGUUCCUUUUAGAAUUCAAGAAGUGCAACAUGGCGAGAGGCUGCUUGUGCUGUUUGAAGUAUAUGAUGUUCGUCUUCAAUCUCAUCUUCUGGUUAUGUGGCUGCGGGCUGCUCGGUGUGGGUAUCUGGCUCUCCGUGUCCCAGGGCAGCUUCGCCACCUUCUCACCCUCAUUCCCUUCACUGUCAGCUGCCAAUAUGGUUAUCGCUGUAGGCGCCAUCGUCAUGGUGACGGGCUUCCUUGGUUGCCUUGGUGCCAUCAAGGAGAACAAGUGCCUGCUUCUAAGUUUCUUCAUUGUACUGCUGAUAAUUCUCCUGGCAGAGCUGAUAUUACUCAUCCUUUUCUUUGUGUACUCGGAUAAGGUGGGUGAGAAUGCUAAGCAGGAUCUGAAAGAUGGACUGGCUCUUUACAACUCAGAAAACAACAUAGGCCUGAGAAAUGCAUGGAACAUCAUCCAGGCAGAGUGGAAGUGCUGCGGUGUAAUAGCAUACACCGACUGGCACGACGCCCUGAAGGAGAAAGUAGUUCCUGAUCGCUGCUGCCAGGAGCAUUACCAGAACUGUGGGCGAAACUCUACCAACAUGUUCUGGAACAGGGGCUGCUACGAGAAAGUGGAGGAAUGGCUGGAUGAUAACAAGCAUCUGCUGGGAACCAUAGGCAUGGUCAUCCUCGUAGUGCAGCUCCUAGGAAUGGCAUUCUCCAUGACACUGUUCCACCACAUCCACAGAACGGGGAAAAAGUACGACGCUUAGCCUCGGGUGGAGGCACCUGACGUGGAGGAGCCCCACUGCCUGAUGGGAUAAGACUCUGAUAUAAACGUUUAUGCUUCCUUCUCACUUUACAUCUGUAGAGCAUCCUUUGCCCUCUUCCUAGAACUGUACAGAUUCCAGCUGUGUUCCCGCACUUUUUUGCUCCUUUCUCUUACCGUUCAUUUUGCCAAAGAGUAACACAACUGGAACAGAAGGGACACCUACUUUUGGCAAGUGAGGAAAAAUCCGCUGGUUAUUAAUGAAGUAUACUUUAUAUUUUUGUCUCGUUUUGGUUUUUUGGGUUGAACUAACAAUCUGCAGGAAGGACUGGUGGAUUCUGAGGACAUGAAGAGUUUACUAAUUCUCAGACAUUGUCUCCAAGGCAAAGCAAACCCAUGGAAUGGAGAAUGUGGAGGUUUAUUCUCUUUUCUGAAGCCCACUAUUUUUAUUUUUACUUGUAAAUGAAUAAAGACCCGAUACGGCGUGCUUAGUUCUUUACGUCACUCACUUCCCCGUGUCUUUGAAAUGUUGCGGUUUUAUUGUAAACCCCCUAGAUUUUUAGUUUUUAUUUUUGCUUUGUUUACCUUUGGCGCUCCUGUGGAAUGUAAGCGCUGAGCGGAUCAGUGCGCUCAUACAUGCGGUGUGUGUGUGUGUGUGUAGAUCACGUUGCUGUUGGGGGCACAGACCUGUCGGCGUGGUUUCUAAUGAAUUUUUGGUUAUAGACAUAGUGUUGGAGGAACAUUUUGCAAUCAUUUAUAUGGAAAUGUCUCUGAUAUCCACUGAAGUAUAAACCGUAAUGCACAAAUCUGCCUGUUACCACACACACGACGCGGUGCCAGACAGCACUGGUAUUACAGUUCCUGGUGAGACGCAUCUGGUGUUAAAUGGUUUGUUAGUGCUUCACGUGUCCUGUGAAACAAUGUGAUCCGGGUGAUGAAGUGUUGACUUUGAGACUAGAAUGUGUUUGUGUGUUCGCUGUCUUUGUUUGAUCACGCGAGCAGAGCUGCGGGGAGCGAGCGGGACGGGGAGCGGGCACAUGGCAUUACUGAGAAAAAGCGCCAAACAGUCUUGCUUCAGUCAUCAAUAGUGUUGGCACGAGGACGGCCGGAGGCUUCCUCCUCCUCCUAUCAGCCCCUGUCUCCAUUUUUCUCCCCACACCCCGAAUCUCUUUGCACGUGUCAGGAAGCUUCGAAUUUGACAUUCAUUCCUCAUUACUCCGUUGCACCUCUCUUUCGCAGCUACUCAUAUUUCAUGUAAGCUUACGUUUCACGCAGCCACGAGAAGAGGGGGUGGCUCAAAUGUAGGCAGAUCAAAGCCAGGCAGAAAGGUAUGGCAACAUGCCCUGUAGGACACGUCCGUUGAUGUCUGUUUACGUACUGAUGCACCACAGGACGCCCGAGUAUCAGCCUACCUCCUGUAGACCCAAAAUACUCCUCAGCUCUCGCUGACUUAAACAGUAUAGCCCUCCAGUUUGUCUCUUCAGAGCCUCUGAAGAUUGGCUGUUAUAAAGAGCUACCUUUAUUGUUAGGGAAUCCCUUUAGCUGUGGGUGUCAGGCUUAUAUCUCGUUUUAUUUUUUAUGGCGUUUUUAAAGCAAAGUCGUUGUGACAUCUGAAGAUGUUAAAGGAUCAAAGAGGCAAAGCUAAAUUAGAAUAAUGAAACAAAUCUAGAGUUCUGUCAGAUCAGCCGUCUUUUACAGUGACUGUUCGUGAGAAAUAUACUUUGCAGCUCGUUUUGGCAAAGCAAAAUAGGUCCGUGUUGAGUUAGAGAGUCAGUCGGUGACAGUUUGAUUAAGUGGUUGGAACUUGAAAGUUGUGCGGGCUUAGGUUCACAUUAAACACAGGAGGAUGAAAUACUGGGAAUUUUGUUUGAAAGCAUUUGCUCAUGCAAUUCCAUUGGCUCAUUUUCCCUACCUUGCCCGCCUCUGCAGCUUCUUCCCUUUGUUUUUUGCUGUUGCUGCAGCUCUGAAUUUUAAUAGCAACUCAGCAUUGUGUUGCUUUUUACAUUUUUUGGCGUAUGUUCAUUUGAAAUCCAUCCAUUUGUGUUGUUCCUACAGAAUGUUAGCUUUUAUUUUUAGCAUAUAUAAAUGGUUGCGUUUAUUUUAGGAAUAAUCUUCCAGCUAAAGCCUGAAUAUUCAGUUGAAAAUUGUCUGACGGGUAUAGUGCGGCUAUAUGAAUACAUUUGCUUUAUUUAAUCACCUCAAAUGAUCCAUAAUCAGCUCAGUGUUCAAAGUGUUUCAGGAGCAGCUACUUCGCAUAGGUCCAGCGGCUACAGCCUGCACUGCCACAGCAGCUGUUGAUUGAAGCCGAUAAAGUGUCAUUCGGUUUGAAGUGGCUGAGUUCUAAUUUUAGGUCCGUAUAAUUGUUGUAUGGAGAAUUCGUUUGGUUUUGGACGAAGUCUUGAACUUUGUUUUCUGCCACGUGAGCUAAUAACGAAGAGAAAAUUGGUCAAACUCAAACAUUCUUUCAGUGCAGCGCAUCGUUCCACUCGUACUUUCUUUAGAGGUCAUUCUUAGAUUUUUAAAAAUCGGUUUUAUGACUUUCAUCAUCCGAGCCACAGUUUGAUUUGCAGAGGUUUGCUGUGCAUGAGGAAGCAGCGUAUUUGAACUGUUAAGGGGCAGCAACCCUACUAGCUGAACUGUACUGUCUGCCCUCGUAUGCUCCAGCUCCUCUUGUUGCGUCCAUGGGGGUAACAUGACAGCUGCUGAUGUACAUUGCAGGCACGAGUGGCUGCAUUCCCCCUGCUUGGCUGCCUCUGCAAACCCUGCACACGUCCCUUAUUUACUGCUUGGAUCUGCAGACAGCUGGUGCUGCAUACAGACGCUGGCAGGGAAAACAGCUCAGCUCUUUGCACACUUCAAAGCACCUGUGGGGUGUAGGAGGGAUCACUGUAACCGUUAAGUAAAUCUGAUUGCACCGUUUCCCAGGCAGAAGGUUUUUAGGAGGAAAUCUAAAGAAAUAUCUUACUGCGUUGCUUCGUUUCACGUUACCUGAAAACGUCUUCAAACAGUUGGUACAGAAAACGCGAGAAAAGGGUGGAAAUAAAAGCAAACCUAGAGACUCUGAUGUGAAACUUCUGAGCCCCAGCCUGCAGACUCCAAGUUUUUGCCCCUGAAUGAUCUGACUGUACCGACGUUCUGUGUGAACUCCCUUUGACCCAGAUGCCAUUGCUUUGUUUUCAUGUUUUUUUUUUCCUCUGUAUGUGUGUUUUUAACAUCUAGAUUGCAGGGAUGAAUGCCACUUUCAGUGAUAUUCCUUUUGGGUGUUGCUGUUUUAAUGUUUGGUUUUAUACAGUAUUACUGUUGCUUUUCUCGUCGUAGAAGCAGUCGUUUUGUUUCCUUUUGUGGCAGGCGCUCAGCGAUGCUCAUUGUGAGAACCUGCCAUCUAGGGCUGCAACAACGAAUCGAUAA